AUGGAGAACCGGUAUGCGGUGGCAGCCUAUUUAGCUCUUCACAGGUUGUUCUCCUACUCAAAUGUUGCCAAGAAUCCUCUUUUCACACACUAUACGUUCAUAGGCGACCGCGACCGAAAACGUCGCACCACGAGUUCAUGUUUGCCUUACAGCGAGCUUACACUUCGGGAGUUCUUCCCAAUCAUCACGGUUGUUCUUGCAACCCUGCAGGUAUGUCAUUUAUGGUAUCUUAAGGUAAAGUUCGAGAAGCUUAAUACCAUAACCGCCUCCAAGAUUAAGAUCGCUAUACCACAGGUUCCUUUGAGAGCUCCAGAUACCAGAGGGAUUUGGAUGAUCUCGGCAGCAUUUUUGGCGAUUUUGAGAGUAUCAAUAGACACUAUAAGCAUGAAAGAUUACAAAUCCAAUCCUGACGCGAACGGCAACGCCACCGCAAAUCCCAGGCGGCCCCCUGUGUGGGCCAUCUCGAGUGUCGCUUCGGGAACAGGUCUUGUUACACCUAUGGCUCUCAAGUGUGGAAGGCACCAACCUGGGCGACGAGGUGUUUGCUGCAAGGAGCUCAAGAGGGAGGAACGACACUUGAUUGACCCAGACGUGAUGCGCGACAUCGUCAUUGGGUUGAGUGACGGUCUUACUGUACCCUUUGCUCUCACUGCCGGGUUGGCCAGUCUUGGUAAUUCGAGAGUCGUCGUACUUGGUGGUGUUGCAGAGUUGAUCGCAGGUGCCAUUUCCAUGGUGGCUACCCAAGCAGAAAGGGACUCUUACAGGUUCCUACAACAACAAACCGCGUUUCGAGUCGCCCAGUCUUGUGCUGGCGAGCUAGAACGCGAGGUCGACGAGAUUUUAGGUCCGAUUGGUGUUCCCGUCGAGCUCUCUAGACAGGUGGCCAAUGCGCUUCACAAAGAGGAAAUGAAGGCAUUGCAAAUCGAGGGUCCUUCUUCUCCGAACGCUCUUACCACGACCGACGGACACACUGUAACUCUGAGCCGCGAGGGACAACCAAUCACACUCGAAAAUGGCACAACCGAACAACUCAAGUUCCAGUCGACCGUCGGAUUAACCCCGUUCCUACUCCAAUUCGGAGAAGGUAUGGAGCCUAUUCCGGAUAGCCGAAUGUAUGCGAGCGCUGCUACGAUUGGACUCGGUUAUCUAGUCGGUGGUGCCAUCCCAUUAUUACCCUACUUUUUCAUUCGUGAGCUUCUUUUCUUCUUCUCCUUGUUAAUCACACGUGAACUAUCCGAACCACGUUCACUCUCACCAAAGCCCACAUUACAGGUGCUGGCAACGGUAAAUAUAAUAUUCCCCCAGAUUGCUCAUACACUGACGAAAUCCAUUUGCAUAGGAUGGAGAGGUUACCUGUGGGGAGCAGUAUCUACCGUCGCAGUAGGUGGUAUGGCUGCUGGUGCCGCCUUUGGUAUCGUUAGGGCGUUGGAGGGUGCCAAGAAUGAAAUUUGGUCAAAAGCCAAACCGAGCAGCCCUGAGGGCAAAAGUGGAGUCGAGGG